AUGCCUCCUCCGAAGUGGGAUGACGAAUCUGAAGAAUCUUCUUCUGAAGAAUCAGUAGUCGUCCCUGUCGUCGCUCCCCGACGUAAGUUUGAAGACGAGGAAGAUUCCGACGAUGUUGCCGAUAAUUGGGAAGAGGAAGAAGACUCCGAAGUUGAGAGGGAAAAGGCCGCCAAAGCCGCCGCAGCGAAAGCUCAAGCCGAAGCCGAAGCCGCAGCCAACAAAAAGUCCAAAGCGCAGAGAAUAGAAGAACACCGAGAGGCCAAUAGAAGGCGACGACAGGCGGAAGAGGGACAGGAGAGUUCAGAUGAGGACGAAGAUGAAGCUACCAAGCGAUUGCGUCUGCGACAGACAGAACAAGAAGCCGACCUCAAACACGCCCAGGACCUGUUUGCCGAUGUGGGAUUGGGACCCAAGACCCGCGCCGCACCCAACAAGGCGGUGAUCAUAGAAGACAAGGAAAAUCCAGGCCAGACCCUUGAUCUAUCAACACUUCCUCUGUUCAGGCCUGGUACCAAAGCACAGUUCGACGCUCUCUCAGCCACUCUAGUCCCACUACUCACGGCUUCUUCUUCGAAACCGCAUUAUCCGAUAUGGGUUGCAAAUUUUGUCAAGCAAAUCUGCGCCGACUUGCCAAGUGCCGAGAUCAAAAAGGCAGCAAGCGGCUUGACCGCAUUGAGCAAUGAGAAGAUGAAGGAGGAAAAGGAGCGGGAGAAAGGUGGAAAGAAAUCAAAGGCAGCCAAAACUAAGAGCAGUCUCGCAGCAGGUCGCGAUAUUAGCAGAGGUGUCGCCGAUACGACAAGUUACGAUGAUGGGUUUGGAGAAGAUGAUUUCAUGUGA